UUGAGUGAUGUCGGUGUGCUAGGCAAACAUAUGCUGCUUUAUUGGCGGAUGUGGAUGACUGUUUACCAAGUCCGAACAACUCUCCGGUCUACUUUCGGAAAAUGAUGGAACAGGUGCCAGUGACAGGAAGAUCAGUGAUGAAACCCCAACAUCAUGACUAGGUAAUGUCAUCUGGAACAAUGUUCUGACGUGUUCAUCGGAUAACUCUUUUACUCUACGCACAUAGCAAGCUCUACAUGAACGUUUUGGAAAUUGUGAAACAACGAAAUAGCAGCCACUCGAUUAUGGGUACCAGACGGACAUUGGUGUUGUUAGUGCUGUUUGUUUUGGCCAGCGAGCUAGCUCAUAACACAACUGCACUGAGCGAAGUUCCUUUGCAUGGACACUCAACCAUUCAGUAUGUGGACAGCCCCAUUGGAUCUCCAGCUGGUGUUGUCACUUUACCGUCUUCUGUUCAUCAUGCUGAAGAUAGAUCAGGUCUAGCUGAAGCUGUGUCGUCCCCCUCAGUAUCGACCGGUGAUCACCUUGGAGAAGCAGGAGGUCAUCAUGGAGUUGCUGGUGAACAGGGCACUGCUGGCGGCCACGGAGGGGCACAUGAAGGCAUUCAUGUGUUUACAGCGGAGUUUGCCCGUGUCGAGAUCCCCUUCAUUAUCUCCCUGUGGAUCUUCUGCGCUAGUUUAGCUAAAAUUGGUUUCCAUAUGGCACCGAAAUUGUCAUCCAUCUUCCCUGAAUCAUGUCUUCUCAUCGUCGUCGGUAUCGUCAUCGGUUUACUGCUCUUCCACACGAACAGCGCCGGCGUCUCGCCGUUGACGCCGACGACCUUCUUUUUCUACAUGUUGCCUCCCAUCAUCCUGGACGCGGGCUAUUUCAUGCCCAACCGACUCUUCUUUGAUCAUUUGGGGACGAUCCUCCUUUUCGCUGUUAUCGGUACCAUCUGGAACACGGUCUCCAUCGGGCUGGCUUUAUGGGGCUGUGGUUUGACUGGACUCUACGGAUUCGAUUUACCCUUGCUGGAUACGUUCCUUUUUUCUGCGCUCAUCUCGGCUGUCGAUCCGGUCGCUGUACUCGCUGUUUUUGAGGAAAUCCACGUCAAUGAAGUCCUCUACAUUGUUGUGUUUGGAGAGUCUUUGCUUAAUGAUGCCGUCACUGUCGUGUUGUACAACAUGUUUGACGCUUACGUCGGUAUGGGCCAGGAAAAUAUCAAAUACACGGAUAUUUUAUCCGGUUUCGCCUCCUUCCUUGUGGUGGCCAUCGGUGGCACCUUGAUCGGCGUCAUCUGGGGCUUCCUUACUGGUUUUGUCACGCGCUUCACCAAUCACGUUCGUGUUAUCGAGCCCAUCUUCAUCUUCGUCAUGAGCUACUUGGCUUACUUGAACGCGGAAAUCUUCCACAUGUCCGGCAUCCUCGCAAUCACGUUUUGCGGCAUCACGAUGAAGAACUACGUCGAAGGCAACAUUUCGCCCAAAUCGCACACGACCAUCAAAUACGCCAUGAAAAUGUUGAGCAGCAGCUCCGAGACGAUCAUCUUCAUGUUCUUGGGCGUCAAUACCGUCAACGAUCAGCACGACUGGAACACGGCCUUCAUCUUGCUCACAAUCCUGUUUUGUUCAUUCUUCCGUGCUCUCGGUUGCAUCAUGCUAACGGAGUUGGCCAACCGUUUCCGCUUGCAUAAGCUGAAUCGCGUGGAGAAAUUCGUCAUGUCCUACGGUGGUUUGCGAGGUGCCGUCGCAUUCGCUUUGGUUUUACUCGUCGACCCCAAGAAGGUCAAGAAGCAGCCGCUUUUCGUCACGGCCACCAUCUCCGUUGUCUACUUCACGGUCUUCUUCCAGGGCAUUACCAUCAAACCUCUGGUCAAAUACCUAAAAGUGAAACGGGCGAAUAAAUUCGAAAAAACGAUGAAUGAACGCCUACAUGAAAAGUUGGUCGACUACACCAUGGCCGGAAUGGAAGACAUUUUGGGUCAUACCGGCAACUUGAAGAUCCGCGACAAGUUUAAGCAAAUCGAUAAUAAAUAUAUUCGUCCAUGCUUGAUACGCGAACACGCCGCCCACGAGCCCAAAAUCCUGGAAACGUAUUCGAAAUUGACGAUGCGCGAUGCCAUGGACUUUAUGCGUCGCAACGCGACGUCAUCCAAUCUCUCGGGUGGCAAUUCAGAGUCGAUGGCUGUCCUUUUCCGCAACUAUACUGCCAAUAAUUUGAACAACAGUGCCAGCAUUGCACAAAUGGAUCAAGGAUGGAAUUUAGAUAUUGGUGAAUUGGCCUACAGCCCGUCGGCUCGUGAUCUUUCAGACGCUAAAGUACAUCACAUGCUUUCGGAAGAGCUGUGGAAACCUUAUCGAAGGAGUUCCCGCCGACUUAGCUAUUCACGUCACGCCGUCAACGACCAAGACCUGUCAUCGUCUCAUCACGUUAAUCAUAACAUGCAUAUGCAUAUCCGCCGGAUGGUCAGCGAGACUGUGCGUAAGCAACAUUCCAAGCGCGUUAAGCGCCAUAGGGAUCCGCAUGCCAACGGAAGUGGAGAAGGUGGCUCACGGAAUAGUUCGAAAUCCGUUUCGUUCAAAACACUUAAAGAAAAUGGCCUGGAGAAGAAAUUACACGAUGAUUAUUUGCACGCGGUAAUCAAAGAAGUAUCCGAGGCGGAGGAGAGGAAUAUUUCAACCGAUGACACUGGAGCACAAGCUACUGGAAGCACGGAAGAUUUGGAUGGUGAUGGCGCUGGUGGAAUCACGUUUACCGCUCGUAAAGCCUCUACCGAUCCAGUACUGUACACCUACGAGUCGGCUAUGGCCGAACUGAUCAAUAAUCAGCAAAUGGCUUUGGCCGGCUUGUUAGCCGCGAGUGCCCUGGCCCAUUUGCCUGUUCAACCGGAAUUAUUGCCCAUCACGUCAUCAGAUCUGCCUCCUUCAGACGUUUCUGGCAAUAAACGACUCGAAGUUAAUGGUAAAGGGGCAAUAAAGAAAUCACCAGUACCACCAUCACGUCAAAUUCCCAGCAAAUCCAAGCCAAUCCUCGGCUACGCCGAGCCUGCCACUGGGAUCCCUCCGGCCAUGUUGGAGCAAGUCCGAAUCCAGCAGCAUCGAUUGCGCUUCCUGCUGGAAAGACAGAGACAAUCGCUUAAGCGCGUCAUGUCACUCGGAGAAGCUCAUCCGUCCACGCCGACGGCUGUUGAAAUGCAGUUGCCUUGGAAGAGAGACGAUGCUGAUGAUAUGUCUACGUUCGCCAUUAAGCAGAGCGAAUUCCCGCUCUGGGUAGACAACAAAGAGUACAACAACUACUACUCGCCGACAAAUACUUUUCUAGGAGAAUUGGACAAGAAAAAAACUAACCAUCCGUCAGUUAUAGAUAUUUUCACAAAAGAUCGCACUGCGGAUUCUUCAGAGCAUGGCAACAACACGUUACCAUCAACAGCCAAGUCCUUUGACGUCACGGUGACUAUACCGGAGGAGAACUCGAAGGAAGAUGGUGAGGACGAGGUGAAGAAAGUUACAAAUGACAAAGAUUGCCAUGCCUAAUUGCGGCAGAGAUCUACGGAGAAUCUCUGUUUGUUUUAUAUACCUUAACGUUUUCUUCCAUUCAUUUUAACGUUUUGACACAAAAAGACUAGGAAUGGAGGGGGAUUCCUCUCAUACUGGGUAACAACCCGCCACCCUCGAUCUGACCCUCGAUCUGCCUUGAAUGAGUGCAUUAGUUCUUAUUAAUGAUUUUUGACGAGUCACACUUUUAUGUUUUAUUGAAAAGAGUGGACGUGGGAAAUAAGCCUAUAUUGUUUAUAUAACGGUUCAAGGGUUGUGAACGAAAAUACCGUCUUCAUUUUAAAACACAUCAGCGCAACGUAAGCUUCCCGUAAUUCUCUCAUCAGUCGUUUUUUAGAAAUCUCAGUUUUCUAUUCAUUUACGAAAUGCAGAAGCCGUGAUGUUUUCGCAUAAAUUUUUAAAACGUACACAUUCCCCUUCCCCAAUUUUAUUUUCUCGUUUCUGCUCUAACACUGUUUUAUCAGAUUCAAACGACUAAUCCUCGUCCCUUCGUGUGCCCAAUUAGAACUUCUGUAACGUUAUCGGCCUUCGAAUUUGAUUUACUUAAGUAGUUGAUAUGUUAGACUCAAUGGAAAGAGUUUUGGUUGCACAUGCAUACAGUCCUCCCACCAAAUAUGGCUACGUUGUUUCAUUAAGGUAAAACAAGUGAUUCCUUAAACUGUCCUAAAAGACAACGCAACAAAAUAAAAAAACUAGGUGUCAUCGUCUCUAGUACUUGUCCAUAUCUAUCGAACUGGGAUUUUGUAUGCUUGCCAAUGUGUCCUGGAAAAUGUUUGACGGUUGCUUGUCAAAGUAAUAAACAGAUCAUUUUCCCU